GGCGGAAGGGGGUGUGUCGGGGUGUACAAGUGGAUGAAACUGGUUAGCGGUAGCCCAGGCAACCAUCGCCAACCAAAGGCGGAUAUGUCACUCAGUCAUCCACGAGAAUACAGUCCGUGAACAAGUGCUUCGAAAAUGGCGUCCUACGAGUUUACAAUCGGUGUCAGACAAUUAAUAAUCAUCAAAUGGGAUUAAUUGAGAGUGUGAAAUUUGUGGACAAAAGUUUAUCGUUUAUUAGCGAAGUGUUUGGUCAUUGAUAGUGAAUUGUAUUAUUUAUAAUUAGAAUUUAAUUUUUUUUAUUAGAGGAAUUGUCCCAAUGACAUGGGAUUUUGCAGCAGAAGGCACUUUCUACUGACAAUAUGUACCCUGCAACUUCUCACCACUGUCGAGCGACAGGUGUUCGACUUCCUGGGGUUUAUGUGGGCCCCGAUACUGGUCAAUUUCUUCAACAUUAUUUUUGUUAUCCUCGGCUUCUUCGGGACUUUUCAGUAUAGACCUAAAUAUUUAAUAUCGUACUGCAUAUGGCAGACGUUGUGGCUUGGAUGGAACAUCUUUUGUAUAUGUUUUUACUUAGAUGUUGGCAUGUUAGACAAGACGAGUGAUAUUCUGAACGUCGGUACGGGAAGUUUCUCGUGGUGGCUGGUUAAUGGACCCGGCUGCAAAGCAGACUACAACUAUACCGAGCCAGAGUUAUUUCGGCCAGUGCGACCGACUAACGUUACAGACUGCGUAUUAAGUUACGAAGUUAUUGAAGUCUUACAUGCAUCAACACAAUGUCUCUUAGCGUUGAUGGCGAUCAUCGGAGGCAUUUGCCUGAGCCGGGCCUAUCUCGAGGAGGAUGACAGCUCCCCACCACUUAAAAAACGGAAAAAACAGCAGCGACCGUUGUACAGCAUCGAGUACUCGCAGCCUGAGCCACCUCUCCAGGACGACAGUGUAUCACCAAAGCCGAUGACACCCCGUCGUGUGAAGCGUCGAUCAGUGAUAUCUCGUGACGGUACGAGAAGAUCCAGCCGACGAAGUUCAGUUCGUCAAUCGCGUCGAAAGAAUCCAGUGAAUCGAAUAAUGGAUCAGCAGGAGAGUCUCUACGCGAACACAAUUCCCAGUAGUUUAACAAAUCAGAACGUGAAUUCCCUGUCCCAGGGAAUGCUGAACUACGACAGGAUAGCGGGCCCUUGGGACAGGGAGAGAGCCAAUUGGCAGCCGGAGGCUGUCAACAUGGCAGUGUCAUCACCAACACUGUGGACACCUGAUCCAAACUACACGAACACCUCCUACAUGACCAGCCAGACGAGCCCCAGCUGGGAGAACGCCAGCUCGACUCGUAAUCUCAGUGACAAUUGGCAGAAUAAUCCCAUGAGUCACGUUCAAUGGCAGGGCCAGACCAAUCCCUCGUUCCAGCAGACCAGCACCCAGAGCCUGAAUGCUGAGGAUAUGGACGAUUUGUACAGCAACAGACCCGCUAGCGCUAGAUCUAGUUAUAGUAAUUAUCACGGAGUUAGAGCUACACCUCAAGUGCCGAAUAAGAAUGAUAUUGUUAGACAGAGUCAGAGACAGUUUGUUCUCAGUGGGCCACCGGCUUAUCAGGAUACGGUUAUCUAGGGGUGAUGAUACACACUGAGAAAUUUUCUGGAAAAAUUCGGGUGCGAGUACUGGGAAAUAUUUCAAUCCCUCGGGUGUGAACAAAUCUAAUAUUUUUAAUAUAAAAUUCCUGGGAAUUUAUGGCGAAUUUUCACAGAAGUUCAGAAGAUAAAUUCGUGUUUAAGGUAAUAAAAUUUUCUGUGUUAGCACUGGAAUUUUUCCCUGACGAGCAUUUUGCAUCUCAUUUCCUGUGCUAGUGCCACAAUUUUUCGUAGAAAUUUCUCUGCACAGAAUUUUCCCAUAAAAAAUUAGGUACGAUAACUGGGAAUUAUUACAAUUCCUCGGGUGUGAACAAAUCUAAUAUUUUUAAUAUAAAAUUCCUGGGAAUUCAUGAUGAAUUUUCACAGAAGUUCAGAAGACAAAUUCGCGUUUAAGAUAAUAAAAUUUUCUGUGUGAGCACUGGAAUUUUUCCCUGACCAGCACUUUGCGUCUCAUUUCCUGUGUUGGCACCACAAUUUUCUUAGAAAUCUUUCUCUGUGUAAAUAAUACAGUAUUGUUAUAUUACAGAUCGAAAUUUGACUAAAAAAUAUCACUGGACAUUUUGUCAUGUGGCGAAUUGAUUUUACGGACACCUCGACAUACUAUCGCAUCGAUGUCUCAAUUUAUUUACCGCAAUAUGAUUUUCGAAGGGUAUAAUUUUAAUGGCAUGUCGGGUAUAAAGGAUUCAUCUUUUUGAAAUGAGAGCUAUUGUUCUCUUUGUAUGAAUAGCGUUCCACUUUUUCCAUUAAAUUAGGAGUAGCUUUUAAUUGCUUAUUGGAAUUUAAUUGUAAUUUCGGUAGAGAUCGAUUUAUGUGAAGGUCUUCAUUAUUUCGUAAUUAAAAUGAAGCCCUCAAGAAAGUAAAUAAUUCUGGAGCGAAUUCUUCUUUAAUAUAGAGAAAAAACCAAUAUCUUUAUAUGAAUUAAAAUGAAAUUUUCAUAAACAAUUAAAAGGUUCUUCUAAUUUAAUUGAAAUAGUGACACCUAAUUCAUAUAAAAAACAUCAUAAUGUUCAUGUGACCAUUUUAAACAAGUUUUUCCCCAUUAAAAUAUUUAUUUGUGAAAUUUCUAUUUGUUCACCAUUGGAGGGCGCCAUGAAAAAUCUCCAAAUUUUCUUUUAUCUCAAAACUUCAUAUUUUAUGCAAUGAAAUUCCAUCUGUUACAUUCUAUGAGGUUGAAAUUGUUUCAAAAAACUUUUGUUUUUUAUAUAGUUAACAUAAAAAAUGAUCAAUAAUUACCACUUGAUUUUUGUAUUGACUCUUCAAAAUAACGUCGAAUGGAGCAAUUCUAUUGGCUGAAAUUUGAAUGGGAAAAAUAACCGAUACGACUCCACAAUUUAACGUCUUCUCAGCGAAUUUUAAUUAACAAAUAUUCGUUUGACUGAUCUUUUGAGCUUUAUUUAACGUUAAAUAUAGAUCUGACAGGAUUAAGUUUUUAUGUUUAACUUAAUUUUGUUGACUGCGAUAGAGAAAACUAAUCAAAAUACAAUAAUGAUGGGUUUAAUUUUGUCAACUGAGACUGUAAAUAACGAUUAAUUUUAGGUAAUAUUUAAGUACGAGUGAGCAUGGUACAAACUAAGACAAUCACUCUUUGCCUAUUCGAGUUCUUAAACAAUGAUAAUAAUUGUUAUGUUGAACGCAAUUGUGUGAUGACAAAAUUAUUGAAUAAUCACAGCUGCAAUUGUUGCAUUUAGAAAAAUUUAAAGAGAACCAAAGUAUUUAAUAAGAAUUUUUCUUGCACUGUGAAGAGCGAAAUUGACAUUGAUCGUAAUUUUAUACAUUAACAAACGUAGAAAUGUUAGAAUUACUUAUUGUACUUAUUAUUAUUAAUAUAUAUCGUAAGUUUGAACGGAUCUCGAUGGUUAAGUGCAUUAGAAGAUGUAGACAGUCUUCAAAUUUUUAAUUAUUAUUAAGAAUGCAUUUGUUCUUAAAGCAUUGUUGGCAGCUCAAUAAUAGGAGUAAUUGUAAUUAUAAUUUAAAGAUUAUCGUCUCUUAAGGCCCGGCCGAAUGUAAUCUCAAUUGAUUUUGGAUUCGAUUUUUGUUGAGGAAAUUCAAAAUCAUUUUCUGUCAUUCCGAUACUGAUGGAAAUUUCAAGUUUAUCGUGACAGAUAAAAUGUUUAAAAAUGUGCAGAUUGUAAAGGAGUAUUUUUAAUUAAUAGUGAGCCAUUAGUUCCAAAUUUCAGAAUUUUUUUCACUUCAUGUCAUUUAAAUUUGGAAAGUUCAGAUGUCGAAAUUUUGGAGGAAUUGAUUUGUAAAAGCGAUUUAUGUUGAGGAAAGUCAUUGUUUUCCUCCAGUUGAGUCAUUCUCAGGCGAUUUUGCGGAAGUUUCAAUUAUAUCAGUUCUGUCAAUAAUUGCAAAAGGAAAAAACUCGAUGGAGAUUGCUUUUUCUGAAGAAAAUAUGGAAUUUGGGAAAAAUUAAUAGAAAAGUAAUUGUUGGGAACAAGUGUUGUAAUUCGAUUAGAAAAAUAAGAUUUUGAAAAAUUAGAGAGACUUUUUUGAGUCGGUAAACAUUUGGAAAAGUCAUUUUUACGGACUUGUAACGAAAUGUACGGUUUUCUUACGCUUUGUAAAACAUUUUUUUUUCGUCGAUUGUGAUGGAAAAAGUCGUUCAAUAUUCGUGAGAAAAGUGUGAUUACAUUAUUUAAAAAAAUGUUAAAUUACAUUUGAAAUUUCGAGGGAAUAGAUUUUACAUUUUUAACGACCACAGAGUUAGAUAAAGUUUCCGUUGCCUUUUUCAUUGAUUGAAUAUCUUAAUUGUUUAAAUAUUGAAGUAAUGUACAAUUUUCAAGUCCAUGCGACCGUGAAAAGUCUUGAAAAUUUUUAAUUCAGGCAACAGCUCCUUUGAAUUUGUAAUUUAUUAUAAAUUGAAUUCAAUGUAAUGUUCAUCGUUCACAAUAAUUUUCAUGAUUUGAACGUUCAUUGAAUCAUCAAUUUGUUUAAAAUGAACACUCCAAUUUCCUUGAAAUUUCAAGAUGAAUGAGAAAUUCAGUGAAGGUUUUAAUUUUAAAUUGAAUUCUAUCUGACAACAUUAAAUUUUAAAUAACAAUGUGACUGAAAUUUCCAAAAAAAAAUUUAAUAGUUAAUAUAUCUCUUUGUCUUCGCACUCGUAAUGAAAUAUGCGAUUUUUUUAGUGUACACUGAUAGAAAAAAUUAAUUUUAUCAAGAGAAUUUCAUUUGGAUGAACUAUCCUUAAGUUGAAAAUUUGUAAACGCAAUCGGCGUAUUCAUUUCGCAAUAACAAAAUCAUUUGAUUUCUUGCCACAAGUUUUCUUUUUUUUGGAAAUUCAUUGGUGCAAUUGAAAAUCAAAAUUCUUAUGAUUAAAGACGUGGCUACAGUAAUUAACACGUAUCUACGUAUUUUCAAGUAAAUUUUAAUUGAACAGAGAAAUUCAGAUGGUUCAUCAGAGAGGAAAUUGUCAUGUGGAAAAUACUUUGAGAUUAUGAGAUAUCGUCAAGUUGGGAGAAGUUUAUAUUUCUUCCCCAGAACAACAAAAUAUUUAUUUACAAUAACGUAAUCACAAAUUACGACAAUAAUCCACAAAUUUGGAUAUUACAAACUUUGUUAAAUGUGAUGUAUGAGAAGCUCAAUUCAAAAAUUGACAUCAUUCCAAGAAAUAAUAAUUAAUUUACUUAUCGAAAUAUUUAUUUCAUAAACACAAAAAAAUGAAUACAUUUACAAUAAUCCAAAUUUGGAUGUUACAAACUUCGUUUGAAGUAAUGUAUGAGAAUCUCAAUUCGAAAAUUGUCAUCAUUCCACGAAAUAACAAUUAAUUUCCUCUUCGACGUUUUUAUUUAAUGAGUACAAGCUUUUUAUCAAUUAAAAAAAGUGAAAAAUUUCUCUGGAGAUCACAUCAGGUUAAAAAAAUAAACUUUUUCAUUUUUAUGGUGAAUACCUAUGACUUGACUUCAAGAGCUGUUUUAAUUGAUUCAAUUAAAUAUAACUCGUAGAGAAAUGAUUGAUAUUCCCCGUAAGAUCUCAUGUAUUUCAAAUUAGUUCUAGUAAUUGACACUUGUUCUCAAGAAAAAAAACAAUAAAAAUCAUUUUUUCUAUCAGUGGACGUCACCCUCACCGCAUAUUGGAGCCGGCCGUUAGUCAUUAGAUCCUAUGUAAAUUUCUCGUGCCCCUUUCGAGGAGAUCCACCUCCAACGCAUCUCUGUAUCAUAAAUAUGAUUUCAAAAUGCAUUUUACAGACAAUAAAUCAAGCUGAAUAUUUUCAAAAAA